AUGGAGUCUACAUCGCAACAUCCUCCGCGACGACCGGUCCCGGCGCCUUCGAACAAGGUCAUCAUUGAAUCGCAGAAACAGUGGUACUUUACAGAUGAAGAGCUUACCAGAACACCAUCUCUGCUCGAUGGCAUGAGCCUGGAGACGGAGCAUAUGCAGCGCAGCAAGGGAGUCAACUUUAUUGUGCAAGUGGGCAUUAUGCUGAAGCUUCCACAGCUCACAUUGACGACGGCCGCUGUUUUCCUGCAUCGAUUCUUUGUCCGACACAGUAUGGUUGAUUUGCCUCGAAAACCGGGGUUGCAUCCAUACUCUGUCGCGGCGGGGUGUUUGUUUCUGGCGAGUAAGGUGGAUGAAAAUUGUCGCAAGAUCAAGGAAUUGGUAAUCGCCUGUUGUCGCGUCGCGCAAAAGAACAACAACCUCGAAGUUGACGAACAGAAUAAGGAAUUUUGGAGAUGGAAAGACACAUUGCUUGCAUAUGAAGAUAUGUGCCUGGAAGCAUUAUGCUUUGAUCUGCAGUUAGAGCAGCCGCACAAGAUCUGCUACGAAUUUCUAUGCUACUUUGGCAAAAGCGACCACAAAGGAUUGCGAAAUGCUGCUUGGGCAUUUCUCAAUGACUCCAACUACACCGUCCUCUGUCUGCAAUUCUAUCCCCGAACCAUCGCUGCAGCUGCUCUCUGGGCAGGCGCCAGGUUAUGUGAUGUCGCAUUCGAAGAUGACGAAGAAGGUCGUCCGUGGUGGGUACAGAUAGAUGUCAAUCUCUCCGAAGUCCGACGCGCCGUCAGUCGCAUGGUUCAGCUCUAUGAAAGAAACAUAACUGUCCACCGCCAAGCUCAUGAAUAUCCGAUCAUCCCGACGGAUGGUGACAACGCCCUAGAAACGACGCGGAUUAUUAACCCGAACCCUCACAAUGUGACCGAAUCAAUGUCCGCAGGGGAAUCGAAUGGCCGCAAACGAUCGAGAGAACCUGACGAAAGUCGCCCGUCUCCAGCGAGAAAUUUACAACCACCUGAAAGCAAUAACCAUACUCGAGAACCGUCCCCGAAACGCCAACGCUUAACUCCUGACCCCAAUAGAACGUCGAUGAGAUCGGAGAGUCCACGCAGCUCUGUUAACGGUCAUUAUCAGCCAUCUCGAUCUAAUUCGCGCAUCCCUUCUGCAGCUGUGGACGACACCUAUCGACGACAUCCUCUGCCGCCGCCGCCGCCCCCACCACCAGCUGGAGCCGAAGGGAGCGAGAGGGUUGGUCCGGUUGAUGCAGUUCAACAACGGAUAGAUGAGAUUGUACAGCAGGGAAUGUCACGGGGUGAGAAAGGCGGGACUGGUUCAGGUCGCAAUGAUACUUCUUAUGGUCGUCAUCGCGAGUGGGAUAGAGAUCGAGAUCGAGAAAGAGAUCGGGACAGGGAUAGAUACAGAGACCACGACAGAUAUAUCGACCGUGACCGUGACCGAGGCCAUGACCAUGACCGCGACUGGCGCAGAUCAAACAGCUACGAAGCAGACUACAGAGAUCGCGACAGCCGAAGCCGAGACUACCGCGACGAUAGAACCCGAAAUCACAACCCCAGCAACAACAAAGAUCGUCUACCACAACGAGAAAGAAGACGAUCAUCAACAACUAAUGAAUCAUUACCACAACGUCCACCCCCGCCGGCGUCAACCUCGUCACAGAGACUAUCAGAGGAAAGGAGGAGAGAGCAAUCUAAUGAAGAAGGCGAGAUAUCAGAAGAAGGCGAGCUCGUCACAACCAACACUGCGAACAACCACAACCAUACUCACAAUGAACGGGGCCAUAAACCCGACGAGCACAUGGGUAAUGGAGAUGGUGAUGAUGAUGAUGGUGGUGGUGGUGGUGGUGGCAGUGAGGAAGGGGAGCUUUAA